AUGCUUUCAAGGAGAGUUCUAGUCGCAUCGCGCUUCGUGCGCUCAUCUCGUGCGCCACAUCUACGAUACCCAAAUCCAGUUAUCCAGCAGUUUCGUUCGUAUGCGGAUAAGGUUGUCAAGGUGCCCCAGAUGGCUGAGUCCAUCUCGGAAGGGACACUGAAGCAAUGGUCGAAACAAGUUGGCGACUAUGUUGAGUUGGAUGAGGAGAUUGCCACUAUUGAAACCGACAAGGCAAGCUACACACACGUUGCGGCCAUUGGACGUGGUGGUACUGGAUAUUGAAUUAAACGAAUGCUAACCAUUUAACUUGCAGAUUGAUGUCUCUGUCAAUGCCCCAGAGGCCGGUACUAUCAAAGAAUUCCUUGCCAAUGAGGAGGAUACCGUCGUUGUUGGACAGGACUUGGUCCGUAUCGAGCUUGGGGGAGCACCGGAAGGUGGUGCAAAGGAAGAGGCCGAAUCGUCACCCAAGGAAUCUGCCUCGAAAGACCAGCCAACAUCUUCAGACCCAGAGCCAUCCAAAAAAUCCGAGUCGAGUCCACCUCCACCUGAACCAAAAUCCGAGCCAAAGAAGGACGCAGCACCCAAAAAAGAAUCAAAGCCAGAGCCUAAGAAGGAGGAUGCCACGUCUGCCAGUUCUGGCCCCACCCUGGGUAGCCGUGAAGAGCGACGGGUGAGUAAUUGAAUACAGCGUUGGAGAAACUCCUGCUAAUUCUUCCGAAGGUCAAGAUGAACCGUAUGCGAUUGAGAAUCGCUGAGCGCCUAAAGCAAUCCCAAAACACCGCAGCUUCUCUCACAACCUUCAACGAGGUGGAUAUGUCAUCACUGAUGGAAUUCCGCAAACUCUACAAGGACGAUGUCUUGAAGAAGACUGGUGUCAAGCUUGGUUUCAUGAGCGCUUUCUCCCGAGCCUGUGUUCUCGCCAUGAGAGAUCUCCCCGGCGUGAACGCUUCGAUUGAGGGUGAAAAUGGGGGAGAUACGAUUGUUUACAGAGACUACGUUGAUAUCAGUGUUGCUGUGGCCACCGAGAAGGGACUCGUCACACCCGUUGUUCGAAACACGGAGACCUUGGACCUGGUUGGAAUUGAAAAGGCCAUUGCGGAUCUUGGCAAGAAGGUUUGUUAACGCCGGAUAUCCCAUGCCAAACCCUGCUAAUUGAUUUCAGGCUCGUGACAAUAAACUCACAAUCGAGGAUAUGGCCGGCGGUACCUUCACCAUCAGCAACGGUGGUGUCUUUGGCUCGUUGAUGGGAACCCCAAUCAUCAACCUUCCACAGACCGCAGUUCUCGGACUGCAUGCUAUUAAAGAGAAGCCUGUCGUCGUCAACGGUCAAAUCGUGAUUAGACCUAUGAUGUACCUUGCUCUGACAUAUGAUCACCGUCUGUUGGAUGGAAGAGAAGCCGUGCAGUUUUUGGUAAAGGUUAAGGAAUACAUUGAGGACCCACGCCGGAUGCUUUUGUAG